CAAAAUUAUUCACUUGACUGGUCUCCCACCGGACGCGUUUCCCCAUGCCCCUAAGCUUGGCAACAGCGCGCAACUCGCUAUCCGCUUUCCGUUGUGUCCGCGACCAGUCUGCAUUCGCUUCGCUAUUCGCUACAUCCAUGACGGUUUGUUCAGUGACGGGCACCAUCAAAAAGAAAAUGCUAGCUUUUUGAAGAAGCAAACAAGCUGGUCAAUUGGUCGCCGUCGUGUGAAGGCUGAAAAUCGCGAGCAAUAUCCACGCAAAGGUUGUACAAUCCGUCACACGACGGUGACACACACGGACAAACGGUUUCUCGCGCAACUAUUGGUCGAUACAGCCAGCAGUGCACGUGAUACCCUAUCCGUACUCGGUAUCAGCACUAAGCGAUCCGUCUCGUCUCGUUACCGCAAUCAAAAACUUUCAAAAAAAAAUCCAUUUUUGACCGUACCCGUUAGAUCCGUCGCGAUAUCGCAGCUAGCUGGGUGAAAGUUGAACAUCGUACGUCAAACUGUCAAGGGCUGCUGUGAUCCGCAACGCAUCUCACUCCUUAAUCCACGAUCACGAUGAGCCUUGACACUCUCCUAGAAGCAGCCAAAUUCUGGAGCUGCAAGAAUUGCAAGAACAAGAACAGCAACACCGCGCCACCGUAGAAGCUGCAUUGGCCACAAUCAAACCAGCCAACUCCACAAUGGUCAUAGCACCAACUGUUUCCAUGACCCACGCGACUCUCAAAACGGUCACAGCUAACACUUCCCCUCAAACGGUGGUCAUCUCCUCAAAUACCGUUCCCUCAUCGACUGUCAUGCAGACCAGUCCUGUGCAGAUGAACAAUAGCAGAUCUAUUUCACCGCAGGUCCACAGUUCAAAUGAUGACAGUAUGACCAAGUAUAGUCAGGAAAACCAUUUCAGAGGAUCCUUGAAUUGGGAAGUUGAGCAGGAUGGCCAAGUGACAAGCAGUACCACGACUACCGUAGCUCAAGCGCAAACUCCACGACAGCGGUAUCUGAAUAACAGUUUCGACAUUAUGAACCCGUUGGUGAUCGACGAACUGAACGGUGAUACGAAGAGACGCCAGCCACCAAUGGUGUUCAGAGCAGGUACCAGGGAGGUUCACAACAAGCUGGAAAAACAUCGGAGGGCACAUUUGAAGGAGUGCUUCGAUAUCCUUAAGAAGCAAAUCCCGUCGCAGGAAGAUAAGAAGACGUCGAAUCUUAGCAUAUUACAUUCGGCGUUCAGGUACAUCCAAUUGCUAAAGCGCAAAGAACGUGAACUUGAGCACGAAAUGGAACGCCUGGCACGCGAGAAAAUCAGCCACCAACAACGGAUAGCCAUCCUGAAGAAAGAGAUCUCAUCGCACUAUGACAACGUGGAUUUCUCCAAACUGCUACCCGAAGUCGUACCUACCGCCCCCACAGCGGUGUCUGACGUCACAACAACUGUUGUACCGCCCGCCCCGCCCCCAGUAGGCGUUGACAUGAACCAGCACGAGGUGGAGGCGGCAAUUGUCACUGUACAACAAAAUGGCGGCGGGCAGCAUCUGGAACAGGCGCAGAUGGCGUUGCCUGUACUGGCUGCCAAGCCGCCCAAUAGCAUUCCGGUUGUCACGCAAGCUGUCAAUUCUAUUAAAGAGGUACCUCAACCAGUCCAAGCAACAACGUUGUCAGUUCUCCCGAUGACUUAUCCGGUGAACCAAGGUCUUGUCCUUCAGAAGGUCGCGAUUGUACCAAAGGCCCUGGAUGGUCUGGCGCCUCUAGUGUCAACCCAUUUCAUCACGGCUCCUCAACAGAUCAACGGAAAGGUAGUACCUCUAACGCAGUACCUGAGACCCGUCGUGGUGGUCAGCACCGCCUCUCCUCGUCCGAGCUAGUGGGUGACCGCGUGCCGUCUCCAUCCCACUUCUGAUGUCGCGUAGGCGCCGAUGAGAAGCUUUAAGAAUUCGAUUGUGCUCUUUUAGGAUCAUGAUGACGGUUUUGAGAAAACAUGUGAGCAAUUUUUCAAGCAGAUGUAUGUCUUUAUUGAUAUUCGAUUUAAAAGACUCUAGGGUACAAAAGUUUGGAAAACUUUUCGAUACACCUUUUUUCGUCAGGGAACGACGAAAUAUGAGUGUCUAAUAAAUUCGUAUCGGUAUAUCAAAAAUUUUAUUUGUGCAGAAUAUGCCGCUAAAUUAGAAGACAAUAUUCUGUAACACCCUGUACAUACAUUAUCAAUAUCUUUAAAGGUACAUACAUCUGUUUGAAAUGAAAAAAAAAACAUGGUGGAUAUUGACAUAUGACGAGUACAUUAUAAAUUCUUAUAUAAAACUCAACAAUCAAAAUAUUACAUAAUAUAACCGAAUAGCUACUACUUCCGACAUAGUUUCUAUAGUUCUAUAAGCAUAUAAAAUAGAUAAACGAGUUCAGCAGCAGUUUCUGUACCUUUUGUAUGUCAAAAUAUCCACCGAACUGUCGAUUUUCUGUGAAAACCCUUCUCCUUCGUCAUUUAUUUAUUGUACGGUAUCUUUUUUUGAGAGAGCAAAGUACUGGAUUGGAAAUCAUCAUUUUUGGUACACCGAAAUUCGAUACCAACCAAUUCUAAUAUACUCCCAGAAAAGGUAGCGCCAUCUAUGAAACGAUAGAACACAAAAAUGAAUUAUAAGUUUACCUUGAGAAGAGUUAGUUUGGUUCAGCUUCUAUCAUAGAUGGCGCUAUGAUCUUCAAUAGUUAAUCAAGGCCGACUAAUAAUAUUUCAAAGAAUAGUUGCAUGACAUCUAGAAAAAUGUUGCAGUGACUUUUUUGAACAUAUUUGUUUUUUUUUUUUCGAAUUUUUUGGUGUACGUUUUCCAGAUUCAGUACGCAUUCGACUGAGAGUGAGCAUUCAAAAUCUGAACAGACAAAAGUACAAUUUAGAGAUAGGAGAUACAUACAUAUAUUUUUGGUAAUGAUAACCUUUAAUUUUUUCUUGAAUAAUUUAUUAUUUUCGCGAGAUGUGAAUCGGAAACAAUGAUUAGGAAUACACGUUCAUUAGAAUUUGGGUUUUUUGUAUUCUGUAUCGCAUUCCGGCAUAUUGGCAGAUGUUUAAACUUACCUUUUUCUUGCCACAUUCGCUAAGGGAAUUCUACGUUUCUUUUUUACAUCCUACGCUACUGGUGAGGAAGUAUUGUAAUCACGAAAAAUUUUGAAAAAUCAUGUUAGUUAUUCCCGUCAAUAACUUGGGAAGUACCGCUUGGAUUUUGAUGAAAUUUCCACACAAGGUUACUAAAUGCGUCAAUGAGAAAAAAUCGGUCGAGUGACGGCGGAGAAAAAGGCCAAAAACGAAAAAAAAAAAGAAAAUCUUUACAGCAGUUAAAGAUUGAACAUCGGGGGUUGUAGGCGGAUGGGGGGAGUAUAUGUCAAUUUUUUGGUGGUAGCAAUUUAUGAAUUGAUACAGCGUUGCGUGGAAUGUGCCGAGUCAACCUACUUUUUAGGCUGAAAUCUCUAGGCCAGUAAGAAGUUUUUCCUUCCCACCAUUUCUUUUCUCAUAGAUUUUAAGGCUGUGGUACUAUUUUUUAGAUUCUGAUACAGAAUAUUAAACACAUGAAAUUUUACGCCCAUUGAAUAUCAAGUGGAAGAAUAUAUAUUUAUUUUAAAGUUUAUUUAUACUGCUCGUUGAUUUUCUUGUUGCACUGCGUAAGCUAUGAUUUUAAUGUAAGCUGCACUUGAAAAGUUUUUUGUAUGUAUGUGUAUAUACAGAAUUUUCCGAACGAACGCGUGAUUUUUGAGACAUUUCUGAACUGAUCGACGAAGUGGAUGAUAUAUUUUUAUACAAGCAAAAAUUAUAUGAUUAAAUGACGGUUUUUAAAACCCAAAAAAUCUAAAACAAUAAAAAUUUCACAGUGUUUCAAACUCAAAUAUUAUGGCUAAAAUGUAAAAACUAAUGAAAAAAUUAAACAACGUGGUGUUAAUUUUGUCGAUCAGUUUUCUUCAAUCGUAUUGGAAAUAGUGAACAGCUGAGAUCAGCUUCAUAGAAUGUUUUCUGUAACUCCAGCUUGAUAUACCUGAUAUGCACAUUUACCGAUUUGAAGGGGACUUGACUGAUGAACUUUUAACUUUGCUGUAAAUGCUGCUUUUUGCAACAGCAUGUCUUAUCAGAUUUUUAUCUUUUUUACGUUAUCCAGAGAUUUUAGGUGCUGAAUAAUAUUACUCAAAAUUAUCUUCUUCCAAAAACUAUAUAUUGUGAUCUUCUACUUUGGUUAACUAAUUUGAAGACCAAGAUCGGCAAACUGAUCUAACUAAAAAUAAAGCUGCAAUUCUAUUAUAUGAUAUACAAAGUUUUUCUAAAUAUGUAAAGUAACACCAGUAACCAAGGGCCGUAUCGUCAGUCGUUCCUACAAUUAUUGUAGGACGCCUUAUGGCCUCCUUGAUUUUCAUACUUUUUCCAGUACUUCAGAAAGGUGCUCUAUUUUGAGGUUAUGUUACAAAAUAUUUGUGUGCAUCAAAUUGUUAAUGGUUUCGAUUUAUGUAAUUUUAUCAGCCUAAAAUUUCCUGCAAUUCAAAAAGAAAACAUAACCUCACAACAGGAGAACGCUGACGCGGACACGGAACAGUAGAAAUCUAGAAAUAUCACAGCCUUUCUGAAGGAGAAAAAAGACUAUGAAAAUCAUGGAGGCUAAAGGCGGUUUUCAUGAUGAUUAUUGACGUUCGGCCUUGAUGGUGAUCUUUUUUAAAGCGCAGUGUCAACGACAAUAUAUUUUAUGUUUAUCUGACUUCCUGCUGGCAGUUAAUGUUUUUUCUUUUUCUACAACAGAGGCAGUUGUCGCAACAACAAAAAAAUGAACUGUCACAGGAAAGUCACAUAAACAUAAAGUAUGUUGUCAUUGUACUUUGAAAAACGUCACCACGGUGUAAUUUAUAAUUUAGGCAGGAAAUCGUGAUUUCUAUAUAGUAAAGUUUGUAAACUAGUUUGAAACGGCAGAAAAAAAUAUUUUUUUGUUUUUGUAGUUUCUCCUGCAUUUUGGGACCCUUUUUCACUUGAAACUGUACGAAAGACUGACGUGGACAUUAUUAGGCAGAAAAGAUUAAAAUGUGAUGGCAAGCUGUAAAAAAUCAUAUUCCCGUUAUGGGACACGAUGUUACAAUGCUUUGUCUACCCCAAUAAAAUCAUGAUUCGAAUUUUGCAUGAGAAGCAUGGAUUUAUUGUGGUAGGUACAGUGUUACCGGAUCUGAUCCCAUAAUAUUUGUAAGGACAUUAUAAAUGGGUUUUUGUUAGUGAUAUAUACAUUCAGUAUGACUUUCGUGUAUACCCUAAUUGUAAUGUUUAAUUUUUAGGGUUAUUUUUACCCACUUUUAGAUCUCCUAGUAUUAUUUUUUAUUUUUAUUAACUAUUGUACAUAAAGGUGUAAGAUGGAGAAAAAACUGUACAUACGAACUGUGAAUAUGAAAAAAUGUUCUUAAACUUCUACUCUAAUUGUAUAUAUUUUAUUCCCCAGAUAUUUUGGGAGACGUAUUAAAAAUAAAUUAAUUUAAC